UUUUCCUUCUCCUGGACUACCAAUUUACAUUCAAUCAAAUGAAGAUACAUCUCUUUAUUGGACAGCGAACGAGGGUAAUUUCAUCUACCUUAUGAGUCCAACCACAAGCAAUACUCAGGUUUGGAUGAUAAUAAAAGGCAAUGAUAAUACUUAUAGUAUUGUUAGCCAAAAAGAAGGUAGAUCUUAUGCCGUGACAUACGUUCCUAUUGAAACAUGCUUCACUAUAGAACCAUACAUUGAAGAUAAAAUGGAACAAAAAUUCAGAAUCGAGUCGCAAAAUGGUUCAUCUCCUGUAGCUAUUUCUAUAAAAGAGCAAACUUUAUAUGCAAUCGCAGAUCAAGAAAAAGGGUUUGCUGAGGGUUCACGCAUCGUUACCGGGGCUGUUAAUAAGAAACAAUGGAAUCUUGCUCCAUAUAUUUCUCAAAUUUUUUAUGGCACCUUGAUACAUUCACUGUCUUUAACUGAACUUAAAAUUAUUUCCAAUGCUUUGUUGGGCGUCGACAAUUGUGGCAAAAUUGCCUUCUUAGAACCUAAUGUUUCAAACGAGCAAACUUUAUGCGAUAUUAUAAAGAGAUGGGGAUCUACCAAAGAUAAA